AUGAAGGUGGGCCGCUACACUGUUACCAUGGUUACAGUUUUCGUCGUCGUCGUCCCGCUGUGUUGCCAAAUGAAAAGUUGGGACGCGCACUUGAAGCACAUGAACGACGUGCUGGACGAUUUCACUCCAUCUGAGGGUCGUUGCCGCCUCAUGUACGAAGGCAAAGAUGAGUUUGAGCGCUUCAAUCGCUGUUUUCAGGAUGCUACGACGCGUCAUGCGUACCUGAACUCAUUUUCAACUAAACCUCAGUCUGCUAAGUAUGGAAUAAACCACUUCUCCUCUCUUUCACCCAAGGAAUUCCGAGAUUUGUACCUGCGAGCAAUCUCUGCGCCCGCUCCGCCGUUCCUCGGAGCCAAUACAAGGGAGCUGCCGGCCAAAUUUGACUGGAGGGACCGAGCGGUCGUGGCGCCGGUCCAGGACCAACAAGCAUGUGGGAGCUGCUGGGCGUUUAGCGUGGUGGGCGCCGUGCAAGCGGCCAGCGCCAUAGCGGGUGCGUCGCUGGAGGAGCUCAGCGUGCAGCAAGUCGUCGAUUGCUGCUUUCCAAAUGAAGGCUGCAGUGGAGGAUCCACGACGAAAGCUCUGCUCUGGUUACAAACGACCAGAGUGAAACUGGUGCCACAGUCAGAGUAUCCAUACAAAGCCAAGAAUGGGAUGUGCCAGUUUUUCUCCCAGCCUCAAGAGGGCGUCACCGUGAGGAACUUUACUGCUUACAACUUCAGCGGUCAGGAGGAGGCAAUGAAGGCAGAGCUGGUGGCACGAGGUCCUCUCUCUGCCCUCGUGGAUGCAGUCAGUUGGCAGGACUACUUGGGAGGAAUCAUCCAGCACCACUGUUCCAGUCAUUGGCCCAACCACGCAGUGCUCGUGGUGGGUUAUGACACCACCGGGGCAAUACCUUUCUGGAUAGUACAAAAUUCCUGGGGCACAGACUGGGGAAGCCAGGGUUAUGCUUACGUCAAAAUUGGCAGCAACCUUUGCGGUGACCCUAUGGGAUCGACCUUAAUAUUUCCUUUGCCUCGUGUGUUUCCAGGUAUUGCGGGUUCUGUGGCGGCUGUGUUGGUUUGA